UUUUCCCUUUGGACUGUCGGAGAUGGGUUGUCUGGUUCACUAUUUCAUGCUCUCCUUAUCUGCUUCUCUUUCCACCCAUGGUAAUUGAGGGUGGCUGUGGGCCAGUAAAAGUCCGGAGUGAGGGGGGCCGGUUUGAGAGGAAGAAGGACAGAAACAGAGGAGAGCUUCUAGAAAGGGCAGGCUUUCAUUCAGCAGUGAAACAUGUGCACUUCUCGCGAAAUCCACUUUCUGUGAAUCUGGGGCUGUGAACAGUAUUGAUCACUGGCUCUCAAUGAGAGGAUUAAUGGGAAUUCAGACAAGUGCUUGGACGCUUACUGGUGCACAUUUGGAUCUAGUUACUGCUCCGUAAUGGGUUACAAACCAACAUCCAUGCAUUGUGUGUUAAGAUGCCUGUGCUUCAUGCUUCUCCAUUUGUUUAGUGCAGCUCAAGAUGAAGACCUAAGAAGUUGUAGGACUGCACCAUGUGAUUUGGUCUUUAUACUAGAUGGCUCGUGGAGCGUUGAAGAUGUCAAUUUUGAAAUAGUGAAACGAUGGCUAGUCAACAUAACCACGAGCUUCAACGUCGGGCAGAGGUUUACCCAGGUUGGAGUCGUCCAGUACAGCGACAGUCCCCAUUUAGAAAUACCUCUGGGGAAGCACUCCACCAACAAAGACCUCAUCAAGGCGAUGGAGUCCAUUGAAUACAGGGGGGGUAACACAAGAACCGGGACAGCUAUUGAGUUUGCUACAGACAGACUAUUUGGCCUCUCUGAGCGAGCAAGCGUUUCCAGAAUUGCUGUUGUCCUCACAGAUGGGAAGUCUCAAGAUGAGGUUCUGAAAGCUGCUGAGGCAGCGAGGAAAAAAGGAGUAAUCCUGUUUGCAAUUGGUGUUGGUCCAGAAACAGAAACGGAUGAGCUGAGGGACAUUGCAAACAAGCCAUUUUCAACUUAUGUCUUCUCUGUUGAGGACUACAAAGCUAUUUCCAGGAUCAGGCAGGUCAUAAGACAGAAACUAUGUGAAGAGACUGUUUGUCCCGCCAGAAUUUCUAUAGACUCCCGUGAUGAGAAGGGUUUUGAUAUCCUGUUACAUUUAAAUCUGGCAAAAAAAGCAAAGAAGACUCAAGGGACGUUUUAUGGCACUAACGCCUAUCAGGUGACGUCUCGUGAUGACUUGAGUGAAGCUACACGCAACCUUUUUCCCGAUGGCCUGCCUCCUUCGUAUGUUUUCGUGGCCACAUUGAGGUACAAAGGAUCAGUGGCAGAAGAGGAGUGGGACCUGUGGAGAGUACAGACACGAGAUGGUAAACCUCAGAUGGCGGUAACUUUAAACGGUUUUGACCGCACCGUCAUGUUCACAACAACCAGCAAGGCACCAAAUGGGAUUCAGACUGUUACUUUUUCACAACAGACAGCAAAGCUGUUUGAUGAGAAAUGGCACCAGCUACGUCUGCUGGUCACCGAAGAGGAUGUCACUCUUUAUGUUGAUGACUUGGAAAUCGAAAGCUUAUCACUGGAGCCCCCUGUUGGCAUUUUCAUCAAUGGAAAAACCCAAGUAGGAAAAUAUGUCAAAAAGGAAACAACAGUGCCAUUUGAAAUUCAGAAACUUCGCAUUUACUGUGACCCUGAGCAGAACAACCGGGAGACUGCGUGUGAAAUACCUGGAGUUUGCUGUAAUAACCCUGAUUGCACUGAACCAACUCCAGAACCUUGUGUUUGCCCUCCUGGACCCCCCGGACAACCAGGAAUGAAGGGAGAGCAAGGAAGCAUUGGUAUUCCUGGUCAGCCUGGUCCUCCUGGUGCUGAUGGUAAGCCUGGUAUUCCUGGGCUUAGAGGAAUUCCAGGUCUGCCAGGUUCACCAGGAAUUAAGGGGUCACGUGGACCAGAUGGGUACAAAGGAGAGCAAGGGAGGCCCGGUGUUUCGGGUGAGAGGGGUAUUCCUGGAUUACCCGGGCCACCUGGACAACCAGGGGAGAAGGGUACACAAGGGACCCCGGGAGUAGCAGGGUUACCAGGAAAAACUGGACAAGUGGGAGAAAAAGGAAGUAUAGGACCUCUUGGGCCACAAGGUCUUCUGGGAGAACCUGGCCUACCUGGGAGAGAUGGAAAGGAUGGAUUUCCAGGAAGACCUGGUCAAAAGGGAGAAGCUGGAGCCAGUGGUAUUCCUGGUACUGACGGAAGGGAAGGCCAUCCUGGUAUCCCUGGAUUGCCUGGAAAUGCAGGCCUGGAUGGACAAAAGGGGGAAGUUGGUGAGCCUGGACCUAGGGGCUUUAAAGGAGCAACUGGACCACCUGGUGAAAUGGGAUUACCUGGUGAACCGGGUUUGCAAGGACCGAUCGGACCGAAGGGGAAUAUGGGUGAAAGAGGAAGUCCGGGCAUAAAAGGCACACCGGGGCUUGCGGGCAGUGCAGGGCAACCAGGAAGUCCAGGUCAACCAGGGCACCCAGGCAUGCCAGGAAUGAAGGGAAGCAAGGGACAGAGGGGGAAUCCAGGUGAAAGGGGCGACAUGGGGAUGAAAGGUGAAAAAGGAGAGCAUGGGCGGCCGGGGGGUGUGGGAUCAUCUGGUCCAAUGGGUCUGAAAGGAGAGAAAGGGACAGCAGGGGAUCCGGGGCAGAGAGGUCAAGAAGGUCAAGCUGGAAGACCUGGACAGCCAGGUCAGUCAGGCCAACCGGGCCCCCGGGGGCUGAGGGGAGAUAUGGGCCCCCCUGGCCCACCUGGACCCGAAGGAAGAUAUUUAAGUACAAUGUCAGACAAUCACAUUCGGCAGAUAUGCAGAGAGAUUCUUCAGGCUGAGCUGCCUCUAUUGAUGCUGAGCAAUCAGCAGAGUAGCUGUACCAGGUGUCAAAGUCAGCCUGGAUCUCCUGGUCCUCCAGGUCCAAUGGGGCCCCAGGGAAUCAGAGGUCUUCCUGGGCUUAGUGGUUCUAGGGGACUGCCAGGCCACCCUGGUCGGCCAGGGUAUCCUGGGAUUAAUGGUCUCAAAGGAGAACCAGGUUUCAAAGGUGAGAAGGGGAGCCCUGGUCGGGUCAUGAUUGGAGACCAAGGGCCUCCUGGACCUCCAGGUCCAAUGGGGCCGCAGGGAUAUGGUAAACCAGGUACUCCAGGUAAACCUGGGCCCCCUGGUCAAAACGGCCCAGAGGGUAAAAGUGGUAAUCCUGGCAUCCCUGGUGAGCCUGGGGUGUGCGAUCCAUCCAUGUGCUAUGGUAGCAUGAUGAGGCGGGAUUCUUACAGCAAAGGCCCAAACUAUUGACAUAAGGCAGCGUCACUGCAGGCACCAGUAUAAAGCUGAUGCAGAACAGAUAUUCUCAGGAAGAUCUCACCAUUACAGUUCCUCUCUGACAUGGAAACAAAACGUACCUCUUCUGACACCGUUUAUGUGACACCUUUUAUGCAUCCCAGUUUCUUUGAUGGUAUUUUGUAUUAUUAGUCAGAUGCCUUAGAACAUUCUUUGAGAAUUUAAUGGUGUUAAGAGGAUUAAUGAUUGGCUCCAGUGAAUACCUCUUAUCCAAGCACCUUGUAUGAGGUGUCAAAUGUGCCAGCCAUGUAACGCACAGUACUCACUGCAUUUAAGCUAACUACGCAUACAUACAGACAUAUGCACACCAUCCAUGAACACACUACAGCUAACAGUUUGACGGAUAUCUGGGUUUGUGUAUAGGUAGGAAAUGUAAGUGCAGUGCCUGUCGUAUUAGGUGCGGUGUACCAAACGCCAGCAAGCUUAAAUGUCUAACCAAGAUUUUAUUGCAUAUUAAGAAAGCUUAUUAUGGUUUUCCAACACAAUCUUACCAAAUCUUCUGCUUUGCUGGCAAAACACAUACACCUGUUUACUGUUUGAACCUUAUAUUUAAUCUCGAUGAAGAGACAAAUUCAUAAUUAGAACUAAUGAGCACACCUUUGAGUUUGAGGUGUUCGUCAAAUCUGCUGUUGUCUGAAGCUGUUGGCAUUUAAUAAGCUCACAGGAAGGACCCAUGUGCACGUGCAUGUGUAUGUGCAGAUUACACAUACAGUCAGUUCUGUUGAACAUUA